UUUUUUUUUUUAUAUAUGUAUAUUAGUGUAUAACCCCGAACAAGCUAUUUUACAAAACAACAGAUAUUCAUACACAUCUAUUUUUUUUUUUCCUUAUUUAUUAUAUACAGAUAAAAUGGCCUCUUCUGUUAAGUUUGAUAGAGCUGCCCUUGAGCAACUUGUUACUAAACGUUUCUUUUACGCACCUUCUUUUCAAAUUUACGGUGGUGUUGCCGGUCUUUAUGAUUUCGGUCCUACAGGUUGUGCUCUUUUAAACAACAUCAUUUCUCUCUGGAGACAACAUUUCGUCUUGGAAGAAGAAAUGCUCGAAGUUGACACAACAAUCAUGACAACUUAUGAUGUUCUUAAAACUUCCGGUCAUGUUGAUAAAUUCGCUGAUUUUAUGUGUAAGGAUUUAAAGAAUGGUGAAAUCUUUAGAGCUGAUCAUGUUAUCGAGGCUGUCCUUGAAGCUCGUCUUCAAGGUGAUAAGGAAGCUAGAGCUGCCAAGGCUGGUAAGAGUGCCGAAGAAAUUGCUGCUGAAGCUGCUGAAGCUGCUAAAGCUGCUGACAAGAAGAAGAAGAAGAAGAAGGGUACUGUAGUAGCCGUUGAAUUGGCUGAUGACGUUCGUCAAGCUUAUGAAGAAUGUUUGGCUCAAAUUGAUAAUUACAGUGGUGAACAAUUAGCUGAGAUCAUGAAGAAAUUUGAUAUUCGUUCUCCAGAAACGGGUAAUGAACUUUCUGAACCAAAGGAAUUUAACUUGAUGUUUGAAUCCUUGAUUGGUCCUACUGGUCAACUUAAGGGUUUCUUGCGUCCUGAAACUGCUCAAGGUCAAUUCCUUAACUUUAAGAAACUUCUUGAAUUCAACAAUGAAAAGAUGCCUUUUGCUUCUGCUCAAGUGGGUCGUUCUUUCCGUAACGAAAUCUCCCCUCGUUCUGGUCUUUUACGUGUUCGUGAAUUCACAAUGGCUGAAAUUGAACAUUAUGUUGAUCCUGAAAACAAAAAUCAUCCUAAAUUUGAAGAUGUCAAACAUGUUGUUUUGACAUUAUUACCCAAGGACGUUCAAAUGAGCGGAAAGACAGAUACAAUUGAAAUGUCGAUUGGAGAAGCCGUUGAAAAGAAGAUUGUCGAUAACCAAACCUUGGGUUAUUUCCUUGCCCGUAUUUACCUCUUCUUGGAUAAGAUUGGUAUUAAGCGUGAACGUCUUCGUUUCCGUCAACAUAUGGAUAAUGAAAUGGCUCACUAUGCUUGUGACUGUUGGGAUGCUGAAAUUCAUACUAGUUACGGUUGGAUCGAAUGCGUUGGUUGUGCUGAUCGUUCUGCUUAUGAUCUCUCUGUUCACUCUAAGCGUACUGGUGAAAAGUUGGUGGUCCGUGAACAACUUCCUGAACCUCGUACUAUUGAAUGCUGGCAAGUUGAGAUCAACAAAAAGACAUUUGGUCCCAAGUUCAAGAAGGACGCUAAGGCUGUUGAAGAGGCUCUCAUGGCCUUAUCCGAUGACCAAUACGCUGAAUUGGCCAAGUCCAUGGAGGCCAAGGGUACUGGCUCUAUCAACGUAAAUGGUCAAUCCAUGGAAAUCGCUCAAGAGAACGCUACUAUCAAACGUGGUACUGUCACUGAAUAUGUACGUGAAUAUGUUCCUAACGUCAUCGAACCUUCCUUUGGUAUCGGUCGUAUCCUCUAUUCUCUCUUGGAACAUGUCUGGUGGGUACGUGAAGAUGAUGAAGCCCGUAAUGUCCUCUCUUUCCCCGCUGCUGUCGCUCCCUUCAAGUGUUGUAUCUUGCCUCUCUCUGGUAAUGCUGUCUUUGAACCCUUUGUUCGUAAAUAUGCCAAGGAGCUUCGUAAGGCUGGUGUCUCUCUUCGUACUGAUGAUAGUAAAGCUUCUAUCGGUCGUCGUUAUGCUCGUAAUGAUGAACUCGGUAUCCCUUAUGCUAUCACUAUCGAUUUCGAUACCGUCAAGGAUGGUACCGUCACUCUUCGUGAACGUGAUUCUACAAAACAAAUUCGUGACUCCUUUGAAAAUAUUUUGAAGAUUCUUGUCAAUGAAAAUUAGAGAUAUACAUACAAAUAAAUAAAUAAAUAUUUAUAUAUAUAUAUAAAAAAAAAAGAA